AUGAUGGCGGCCUCUGUUUCCGCCUCCACCUCCAUUUCCAACCCCCUUGACGUUUCAUCUGACCACCGUUCGGGUCCCUUCCGGCGACUGAGCCAACUGCGUGCCUAUACCCAAACUCAUUUUUCUACUCACCACAACUCCUCGACUUCAUCCACUUCUCCCCCCUCUUCGACGCCCAGCGCCCAACCACGCCCUGCCCGUCGUCAUAGCAUUAGCGGUCGCCGGCUGUCUUGGUUUUCCCCUCACACUACGACGCGCACCGACUCCGCUCAACCGACAGCCACGGACUCAAAUCCAGGCCCCGAGCCGCGUGCUGAGAGCUCCACCCCAAAUCGAUACAGUGCAAUUUUGUUUCCGAGUUCUCGUGGUUACGAAAUCGACGUGCGACCGCAUACUCAACAACCUAUCGAGUCCUCGGAGUCGCCGUCCUCGUCAGAAUCUUUAUCGCGACCGACACUUGAGACUAUGGCUAGGUUAAGAUCCUCCUCAUCCAGAAACGAUCACGAAUCCCGAGGCGAACAAGCCUCAAGCGCCCCUGCGCCGGCCUCACUCCUUUCCACGAUUCAAACCGCAACCCUCGACUCUCCCGAUCCAGUCACCAACGAUGGUUCUUCCGCCAGUUCUUCAAACUCGAAACAAGGAGCAACAAUACGCUUCUUCCCGCACCAAGACUUGAGCCAAAGUUCACGGCCGUCGUUACCUUUUAUUCCUAUAUCGCGAACCCUCCCCUCAGACACCAGCAGCAUCCGUGUUGGUCGGUAUUCUGAGCGAGACGGCCUGCCCACUCCGAACCCAAGCGAACCGUCGGACGCCCCGGUGGGAUUCAAGUCGAAGGUUGUGAGUCGGAAACACUGCGAAUUUAUCUACUCAAAUGGCAAGUGGCACAUCAAGGAUGUUGGGAGCUCGUCAGGAACGUUCCUCAACCACAUGAGGUUGAGCCAGCCAAACAUGCCUUCUCGGCUAUAUUCAAUCAAGGAUGGAGAUAUUGUUCAACUCGGUAUCGACUUUCGCGGUGGAGAAGAAAUGAUUUUUCGUUGCGUUCGCCUCAGGAUCGAGUGCAACAGAGGCUGGCAGCAAAAGCCCAACGAGUUCAAUAAAAACACUGAAAGCCUCAUCAAGAACUUGGGAAAGGGCGAAACCGCCAAUUAUAAUGGCUGCCGGGAAUGCUCUAUUUGCCUAGGAUCGGUCUUGAGACCCUACCAAUGCCUAUUCAUGGCAGCCUGUGCCCAUGUAUGGCACUAUAAAUGCGUCAGCCGCCUGAUUCAUACGCCAGAUUAUCCCAUGUUCCAAUGCCCCAAUUGUCGUGCAUACACAGACUUGAGUGCGGAAGUCGAUGACUCGAACGAUUAUGAUGCCGAAAGUUCGAGCAAGCAGGCUGCGGACGACAAGCAGGAACCUGCGGACGAGAUACGAUCUACAACAUGCUCCCCACAGCCAGCUCCGAGUUGUGCUUCGAGUAGUCUACCCCCCAGCGAAGAUCGCCAGACCCCUGAAUUGCCCACCGAGAGCAGCCUUGUCGCGAACGUUGAAAAUAUGCGCCUGUCUGACAUUACUCCGUCAGGUCAUGACUCCGAGUCCUCCAUAACAUCUGCUCCUAUCUACAGUAUCGGACUCCCCGGCUGGCAGUCCGUGACCCAGUCGCCCGUCCCACUUCCUCCUCACCAGGCGAUAAUACGGGUAGACACCCCUAUGCGCUCUGAAUCAUCCGACGAGAAUCCUCUCACUCCUCGAAAUGAUUCCGGUCCUUUGGCCUUUGACGGUCGGGCUGGAAUGUCAUAG